GCUCCACUGGAUCUGCCUCUUAAUAAAGGAGGAGUGACUCUCCCUCUCCUCAUCCAUAUGAAUGCUGCUGCCUCCCAGUUAGUUGUCUACAGACCCAUGUCCAAGCUGGUGUGCACUGAAAACAGGACACGGAGAUGCUAAAAUCUGGAGUUUUGGGGAAAUUCUAGAUUAUUUUGAAAAGCUAAAUCUUCUUCACUUCAAGUAUACCUAGCUAAAAUUAAAUUAUUUCCAAACAGAAAAGGCUUUUGCUUUAACUUUAAAGCUUCAGAGACUGUUUCUCUUCAGGGGCAAGGAUGCUUUCUGUUUUUGCAUCUUUACUGUUCAUCGUCUCACUGUCCAGCAUCGGGGCCCACGAUUUUUUUGAGGAAAAGAAAAUCUAUAAAGUUAGGACAAAGCUUCUGCCUGCAAAUAUUCAUGAUGGACUAGCCAUCCUGGAUGAAGACUGCAGCUUGGAGCUCUCCUUCCUGUUGGACAGUUCUGAGAGUUCAAAGGACAACCACGAGCAGGAAAAGCAGUUUGCUAUGGACAUGGUGGACAGGCUUCAAGGUGCACGGUUGCCGACCGGUCGCAGCCUGAGCUCCAGGGUAGCUCUGCUGCAGUACAGUAGCCACGUGAUCACAGAGCAAACUUUCAGAGACUGGAAAGGAGCAGAUAACUUCAAGACCCAGAUAGCUCCCAUUGUCUACAUUGGCCAUGGCACCUACACCACUUACGCCAUUACCAACAUGACCAAAAUCUACCAGGAAGAGUCCAGACCUGGCAGCAUCAAAGUGAUAGUUCUGCUCUCAGAUGGGAUUUCCCACCCGAGGAACCCAGACAUCUUCUCAGCUGUUACAGAGGCCAAGAGCCAGGGAAUCAAAUUCUUUGCUCUGGGGAUAAGCCGGGAAGCCAAUGAGCCAGCCAACAUAGCCGAGCUCCGUCUGCUCGCCAGCUCGCCAUCCUCCCGCUUCCUGCAUAAUCUACAGGACAACAACAUAGUUGAGACAGUUUUCACUGAACUUACGGCCAUAGCUGAUGAAGGUUGUCCUCUUGCUCAGAAAUGCUCUUGUGAGAAAGGCGAAAGAGGACCCAGCGGGCCUGCAGGGAAGAAGGGUCGUCCCGGUGAGGAUGGAGCUCCAGGGCAAAAAGGCCAAAAGGGGGAAUCAGGAAUAAAUGGAGCGCCCGGGCGAGAAGGCUCUGAGGGAAAACCGGGUUACAAAGGAGAAAAGGGUGAAAGAGGCGAGUGCGGCACACCGGGAAUCAAAGGCGACAGGGGUCCAGAGGGUCCGGUUGGAGGAAGAGGGCAGAGAGGUCUGCAGGGCUUACAAGGACCACCGGGAGACACUGGACCAGAGGGCCCUCAGGGAAACAAGGGGGAAAGGGGCCCUCUGGGUCCUUCAGGGAUUCAAGGAGAAACUGGUAUUGGACUCCCUGGACCUAAAGGUGACAUUGGUUUCCAAGGACGACCAGGUCCUCCUGGUCCCCCAGGAUUAGGUGAACCUGGUCAUCCUGGCCCUCAAGGUCAGCAAGGUGUUCAAGGGGAAAGAGGACCUCGAGGGGAAGGAUUUCCUGGACCAAAGGGAGACCGAGGACUCCCAGGCCCAAGGGGGCCAAGAGGACAGCAGGGCGUAGGCAUAAAAGGAGACAAGGGUGAAUUGGGGCCCCCAGGUCUUCCUGGGCCAACCGGACUAGCAGGAGUUGGGAUACAGGGAGAGAAGGGAACUGAGGGGCCGAGGGGACCGCCAGGAGUAAGAGGACUUCAGGGGGAAGGUUUGCCAGGACCCAAGGGAGACCAAGGCUUACCCGGAGAACAGGGUGCUCCAGGAGAAAGAGGAAGUGGUGAACCAGGUCCAAAGGGAGAACCUGGAGAUUCAGGACUGAGUGGUCUGCCUGGUCUACCAGGAGAAGAUGGAGCUCCAGGGCAGAAGGGGGAGCCUGGUUUACCUGGUUCAAGGGGUCCUGAGGGAGUGCAGGGAGUUGGUGUUCAAGGGGAGAAGGGUGACCAGGGUUUAAGGGGCAUCCGUGGAUUACAUGGUCCUCCUGGGAUCCCAGGACCUUCUGGGCCAAAAGGUGAACGUGGAGUUCCAGGCCCACAGGGCAUGCUCGGGCAGCCAGGACGAUCCAUAUCUGGUCCAAAGGGUGAAGUUGGCCCUCAGGGUCCACCUGGCCCUAUUGGGGAAACAGGCCUGGGACUACCUGGUCCAAAAGGUGAUCGUGGUCAACAAGGUUUACCAGGUCCAACUGGUCCAAAAGGUGAAGGCACCCAUGGCCCAAUGGGUCCUCCAGGAGUGCCAGGCUUACCAGGUGAGCCUGGUCCAGAAGGACAAGGCAUUCCUGGUCCUAAGGGAGACGUCGGCUUCAGGGGACAACCAGGCCUGCCCGGUCCACAAGGAGAGGGUUUACAAGGACCACCAGGUAAUGUUGGGAGACCAGGGCCUCCGGGUCUAUCUGGACCCCCAGGAGUAGGUAUUCAAGGCCCAAAGGGUGAACCAGGUCCUCCAGGCAUGACUGGCCCUAGAGGAGCUCAAGGAGAUGGACUUCCUGGAGCAAAGGGUGACCGUGGCCUACAAGGAGAAAGGGGAACAAAAGGUACUAAAGGAGACAUGGGAGAUCCUGGAGUUCCUGGUGAAAAGGGAAGACCAGGAACAAGGGGGGACCCAGGCCUUACAAGAGAAGAAGUUAUAAGGCUGAUUAAGGAAAUAUGUGGAUGUGGCCUCAAGUGCAAAGAAAAGCCGAUGGAGCUUGUGUUUGUCAUCGACAGUUCAGAGAGUGUUGGCCCGGAGAAUUUUGAGAUCAUCAAGGACUUUGUAACAAGGUUGGUGGACAGGACAACAGUGGGACGCAAUGCCACUAGAAUUGGACUGGUGCUCUACAGCCUAGACGUCCUUUUAGAGUUCAACUUGGCUCGCUACACGACCAAAGAGGAAGUGAAGCAGGCGAUCAGAAAAAUGCCUUACAUGGGCGAGGGGACUUACACAGGCACUGCUAUUAGAAAGGCAACCCAGGAGGCUUUCUUUAGUGCGCGACCCGGCGUCAAUAAAGUUGCCAUCGUCAUCACUGAUGGUCAGACGGACAAAAGAGAGCCGGUCAAGCUGGACAUGGCUGUGAGAGAAGCUCAUGCUGCAAACAUCGAGAUGUACACGAUCGGCAUUGUCAACUCGUCUGAUCCAACACAGACUGAGUUCUUGCAAGAACUAAAUCUCAUUGCUUCUGACCCAGACAGUGAACACAUGUACCUUAUUGAUGACUUCAAUACUCUGGCAGCACUGGAGUCUAAACUUGUAAGUCAAUUUUGUGAGGAUGAAAAUGGAGACCUUAUAUACAGUCACAUCACCAAUGGACUCCAUAACGGAAACAACGGGCUUUAUCAAGUCAACCUGCAGAAUACUGAUAGAUUUAAUGGUUAUGAAUAUAAUGGGAGAGAUAAUGUGAGGAAAAACCUAAAGGAAGAUAAUAAUCAGAGAAAAAUCAACACAAGAGGCCGAGGUGACACUUUCACCCUUCCCAUCAGUGCUGGUCCUCUUCCUCUCCAGGUGGAUGAAGACGAUGAAGGGGAAGAUUUAGACUCAAGGGCCCGGUCACAGAGCGGUAGGACUCCGUCCACAGUCAACAGAACGCUUUUGUCUGCUGUGGAAAAAAGUUCUGAUCCGACCGUCUCCAGUGAAACCCUUUUAUCGUCGUCUAAACCUCCAACAUCGACACCGACACUGGAGUUUAUAUCAUCCUCAAACUCACAUCAGCUUCAGCCUUCACAGAGUCAAACCCCCCCUGAGGAAGUCCCUCUUCCUGAUCCCCGCUGUAAUUUCACCUUGGACCAAGGCACCUGCCGGGACUAUAUUAUCCGCUGGUACUAUGACCAGCAGGCCAACGCUUGUGCCCAGUUUUGGUAUGGAGGCUGUGGUGGGAAUGAAAACCGGUUUGGAACAGAAAGUGAAUGCAAGAAAACAUGUGUGAUUUCAAGGAAAGGUGAGCAUUUAAAAAAAAAAAAACAGGUAAAAAACAGACACAAGUUAUUGAACAUGAUUCUCCUACUUGUCAUUUUCAGGUUAAUAUUGGAAGGGAGAAACUUUUCUACAUUUGGUGGUUUAUCCCCCAAAUCCAACCUCCUAAUGUCGAGUUCCAAGCAGGGAAGCACUGGGUCCCAUUUUUAGUCUUUGGUAUGACUCAGCCGGGAUUUAAACUCAGAACCUUCCAGACUCAGGGCGGACACUCUUCCACAUGGCCACUGAGCUACUCAUGUACAGCUAAUUUUAUGCACUUGUUUUUAUAUCAUCUCACACACAUUUAUUGUGCACAUUUUUUUCAUUUAUAUAUAUAUAUAUAUUGAUAAAGUAGAUAGGUUUUUUUAAUCAUGUAUGUUAAACUAUGAUAUCUUGUUAAACUAAGAUAAAGAUUUUAUUGAUUUCUUGUCCACGUGGGUUUUUGAAUGUCAUCUUCAGGACUUGGGUUACUACAAGAUGUUCAUUUCUAUGUCUUCGUAAUACCUCAUCAUUUUAUUUAGUUCAAGUAGACAAAAUGAAAUAGAAAAUAUGUUUAUGUAGUGAAUAAAAAUAGUGAGUUAUUUCACACAUCUAAAAAAAAACAUUUGUGUCAGGAUUGUUCUUACCUCUGUUUCUGUCACCUAUUUGUGUUGUUUUUUUCCUCUCAAUGUGUCAUUUUGAGCUAUCACAGGCAGCUGUAAUACAUUUUUUUCCUCUGGAUGUUCUUUUUAGUUCUAAUGUUCUACUGUAAUGAAGAUUGAGGAUUUCCUUUACACUUUAAAUCAUUUUUAUAUAAGCAGGAUCUAUAUUUGAAUAUAUUUAUGGUGAUAAAAAAUUGUUUAUUUUGCUUUUUCUUGUCUGUAUAAUUAAACAGUAUUAAAGUUGAUGUUUAAAUAACCAUCAUCAGAGGGUUCUCUUUUUGUGUUUUAGGUAAAAAGAAGUCUGUCAGUAUUAUGAAGGAGUGGAAUUUAAUUUAAUGUCACAUUUUCACUACAACCAAAAGAUUGUAGACCCCAUUCUUUUUUUUUUUUUAAAAGAACUUAAAUAACUAUUUAAAAAUUCUGUGCAAAUAUGAAUUAAAGGUUCUCUAAAGCUUUUCAUUCAAAGAUAAUUGUUUUAAAUUAACUCAAAGAAACUACUACAAAAAUAAUCUAUGCUAUUCGUUAUUUAUAAAAAAAAUUCCAAAUGUAAAAAUUGCAAAAAUAUACUCAUUUUUGUGACAAGAAUUACUGCAUGUUUUUAUCUUGUAGACAGGUGAUUGA